ACACUGACUGUUUUGACAUCAGUCUCAUAACUUGGUUGCAAUUAGUCAACAUAUUUUUCACAGUAAAAUUUAUUUUUCGCGAAACCAAUAAGAAACAAAACCUUUAUAUCGCCGAAAAUGGCUAUAUUAGAAAAUAUACGUGAAUUGUUCACUUCAGAAACAGCUCGUAAUAAAAAUGCUUCCUUAAUAUCUGGAUUUUUGUUUUUUGCUGGCUGGUGGGUGCUGAUCGAUGCUAUGGCAGUGGAUGGCAGUAAACAAAUAACCACGGGACAUGUUUUCAUCGGGGUUUUCGGUACAAUUAGCUUCUUUAUGGUGAAUACCGUGAAGAACUCGCAUAUUUCAGAAGAAAACACAUCCGAGUCCGGAGCACGUAUUGCCAAAAUAUAUCUGCUUAUUGGUUUCGUUAUGGGAUUUGCUUCCAUAAUAGCGGCAGUUUGGGUUAUGAUUGACGACUUUAUCAACAACGACAAAAAGAACAAUUGGGCAGGGGUAGCGCUUCUUAUGCAAAACGUUUUCAUCCUUAUUGGUAGUCUGGUAUACAAGUUCGGCCGAAAUGAGGAAGACUGGAAUGAGUAAAUGAGUGAGCGCAUCUACAGGCUAUUCACUAAAUAAAUAAGUGGUUUAUACAAUUCAUAUUUAAGUUAAAUACAUAGUUUACACACUUUACAUUUCUGCUUAUAAAACAUGUCUGUACUAGACUAACAUAUUGUAUCUCAUAAGCAACGUCUGUUCAUAACAUAUUCAACGUGAUUCUAUGUACUAUGUAUGCUGCAAUAAAGCUUUAGUUUCAUUUAAGAAAAAAACGAAUUAAAAAUUUUGCACUUAAAUUUACAAAUAUUA